AUCAGUUUCCACUAACAUGCCAGCCAAUGAAUACUCCUUUGCUAUGCAAGAUAUUUCAAGGCUAAACAAAAAAACAGGAAGAAAGACAGCUGUUUAUGGUAGCCUGAUAUUCCUUUAAAAAUCCUUAAAAUGGUGACAUUCACUCAUUCAGAUAAGAAAAGUACAGGAUUAAGCCAACGUUACAAGUUCAUUCUAAAGCCUAAUUUCAGUAUAUCAGAUGAUGUCAAGGAAGUUAAUAAAUCCAAGGAAUAUUUGACUUUUCUUGAAAAUCAGGAACGUAAGGUUGGUCCAAAUGGAUUCUUGGAUUCCAAACGGUAUACAUAUACAUAUCAAAUGCAGAGAGGGACACCUCAUACAAGAAGCAUGCCCUCAUUAACCAAACACCACCAGAAAACAGUGGUAGAUCUUUCAACUCAGAAGGCCAAGGAUUUAGAAGACCAUGAGCAAAUGAUGAAGACUAUUGAGGACCAUAUGUGGCAACGUAAAGUGGAAGAACGCGCACUGAAACGAGAAGAAGGAGAUGUGACGAAAAAGCAAACAGUCCUGAAGAAAGCAAUACAUGACUAUGAUGCUGCGGCACAAGCAAAGUCAAGGGAAGCAGAAGGCAAGAUAAUUGCAUCUUUUCUUCAAGGGGAGAAACUGAAACAGAAGUUCAGCCAUAAAAAGGAAGAGAUGACAAAGAAACAUAUACACCAAAGACGACUGGAUCAGUUCACAAGUAAAAGUCAAGACCAAAAGUCUAUCAGUACUUUAAGUGACCUGGAAAAAGUUUACCAAAAAACUAUGUUGCAAAUUCAGAGGAAUCAGGAAGAUCUGCAAAGAUUGCAGUGGGAUUAUGAACAGCGGCUUAAACAAAGAGAGCAAGAAGAUCAUCGCCUGAAAAAGGAACUUGCAGAGCUAGCGAUUGCCAUCAGUAAAGAAGCUAAAAAAGGUCAAAGCUUAAAGAAUGCUCUUAAAAGGUAUGAAAGUAUAGCAGAACUACAACAUGCUAUGAAAUGCAGAAAUCUAGAGAUGGCAGAAGAGAAAGCGUAUUCUGAUGCUGCAGAUCAAACAAGAACUCUGGAGGCAAACCGGAGACAGCUGGUUGCAGAUAUGGCCAUUACAAAGGAAUAUCUGAAUGAGCAGCUUCGAGAUGAAACAAGAAGGCUAUUAGAUACUAGACUCCGGCUUACAGACAACGAAAGCAAGCGGAAGACACUACAUGAAGCUACUGAACAGGUGGAUUUAAACCACAAAAACAAAGAAAUCGAGACAAAAAUUGAGGCACAUAAGCAGAAGAGACUGAGCCAUCUGCAGUCUGCAGUUAAUCAGCAUGUGAAUAAACAGAAUCAAAAGCUAAACAACUGGGAGGAUCGUUACAGGUCAACUCAAGCAGAAGAGAAACAAGGAAGAACAGAUGAUGAUAUAAAACACUUUCAGAAAGUCACGCACAGAGCUGAGGAAGCAGAGUACCAUCUUUUCAAGAACAUACAGUCCUCAGAAAAUAGCUGGAAGAAACAAAUGACGCAUGUUGAAAAACUCCAAAGAAAUUUAUUGACACUCAGGAAGGACAAUGCAGCCGAGGUGUGCAAGACUCUUGCAGAUGUCAACAAAAGAGAACAAGAUCUUGUUAACCAAAUUAAUAAAGCGACAGCAGAGCUUCAGAAGCAUGAGGUACACAAGAAGUUCAGUUACGACAAGCUGUUACAUCACAGAGCCAUACUUCAAGAGGACAAGCACAUUCUCACUGAAAUGGAAAAGGUAUAA